AAGUAUAUUUUAAUAGACUUUGCCCAAAAAAAGUUAUUUUCAAAAGAAAAGAAAAUGGCACCAAAAACACAAGCUAGGGGUCAGGAAGAACUUAGCAAGGGAGGUGAGAGAAAAACUGAAAAAGGAGAAAAAAGGCCACAACUUUCUGCCCGUUAAUCCCGCUUUUGCUGUUGAUGGUUGUUGUUGUUGUUCAUCUUGAGUUGGGGUUUAGUUUAAUCUUAAACAUUAACACAGAAACUCUAAACCCCACUUAAAAUCCGACAACUGGGUUUUUUUUACCCAUUUCUGCUCCAUUUGUCCAGAAAAUGGUUGAGACUUUCAGUUCGUUCUACAAGGAUACUUUCGUUCUUAAGCUUCCAAAGAUGUCUUCCAUGAUACUGAGGAUGAUAAUGCUAGUGAUUGCUACUGUAUGUGGAGUAUAUAUUUGUUCAGUUUGUCUUAAACAGAUAAGCACCCAAACCAAGUCUAGUAUUGAAGUUAUUGGGAGACUAGAAAAUAUUUCUGAUACCAACCAUUUGAAAAAUCUAUACCUGCAUUACCCACAGCCUGAAACAUUUAGCAGGGCUGAAUGUGCCGGAAAUCCUGUACAGUUCUUUGUUAUAAUAUCGAUGCAGAGAUCAGGGAGUGGAUGGUUUGAGACACUCUUAAAUAGUCAUAUGAAUGUCAGCUCCAAUGGUGAGAUAUUCUCUACCAAGGAUAGGAGAGAUAAUAUCUCCUCUAUAAUCAGGACUCUUGAUAGAGUCUACAAUUUGGACUGGUUCACUAGUGCCUCCAAGAAUGAAUGCUCUGCUGCUGUUGGCUUCAAGUGGAUGUUGAACCAGGGGCUGAUGGACUACCCCAAAGAGAUAGCUGAGUAUUUCAAGAGAAGGGGCGUGUCUGCUAUAUUUCUCUUCCGAAGAAAUCUGCUGCGCCGGUUGAUUUCAGUGCUUGCAAAUUCCUUUGACCGUCACGCUAAGAUAUUAAAUGGAACUCACAAGUCUCAUGUGCAUUCUCUAGAAGAGGCUGAUACUCUCGCAAAAUACAAGCCUCUCAUCAAUUCAACAUCAUUAAUCUCAGCUCUGAAGGACACAGAGCUCACAAUGGCCCAGGCUUUGGCCUACUUUAACAGCACUCAGCAUAUAACUAUAUACUAUGAAGAUCUUAUCAAGAACUACACUAAACUAGUGGAUGUUCAAGAUUUCCUUGGCAUACCACAUACGAAUCUAACAACCCGGCAAGUAAAGAUACACAAAGGUCCUUUGAACGACCAUGUGAAGAACUGGGACGAUGUCAAUAAGACACUCAAUGGAACAGCUUAUGAGAAGUUUCUUCUUAUCGACUAUUGAACAAGUAGUUGUCAGCUAACAAAUAUGGUGUACAUAAUGACCGUUCGAAUACAGUGAGCUUGGAAGCAGAGACCGAAGGCAUGAAGCUUCCUUUUGUAUGCCCGUCACUAAUAUUUUGCUGCACCGAUUACAGGGAUUAGGGAUUGAAGGCCCCUGUAUUUAAGUCAUAAAUUUAGGAUUUUGGGCUCAGAUUUUGAUUGCGUGUUUUAGUAUGAGAAUCAGUAUAUGUACUUUAGGGGGAUAGAGUUUUAAGGUUUUGGAAGAAUUGUACAAACUUUCUGUGCGUAAAUUGUAAUUUUGUAGCCAAAUUAGUGGAUCGCCAAUCUGCCAAUUGUUUUGAAGAAACAGGUCAUAUGGAAGAUGAAGAUAUGGCCAAACAAAUAUGUUGUACUACCUCCGAUCUUUAUUAGUUUACUCGUAUUCUUUUUUGGAAUA